AUGAGCGAGGCGACCUUCGUAGCAGACCAGCGGCGACCUGUAGAAGACUUCAUCGCUUUGACAGGUCUUAAGCCGAAAUAUGCGAAUGGAUGUUUUGAACGCUUUGGUGGCUAUGCGCCGGCGUUGGCUUCGUUUGCUCAAUCCUAUGCGAAGUUACCAAACGAAUACUUUGAUGAUGUCGGCAAGGUGGAACAAAACGCUGAGCUAAUUAACGCUGAGCUGAGGCGUAUUUACAGGCGGGCAAGAAAUAUAAAGCAUCAGUCUGGUGAUGAAGACGUAGGAGUCUGGGCCGCCUACUACGCAGACCCCGCCUCAUCAAUGACACCCCGGUCCACUAUCUUGUCUCCCAAGCGCUUGAGAAAAGUAAGCUACUGUGAGCCUUUGCACUUCACCGGACCCUUUCUUGACAUGCCUAUGUUUUGGGAAGCUGAGAUGAAGGGGCAGAGUGUUUUAUUCGGCCUCGAUAAGAGGGUUAUUGAGUGCAAUAAAGUUAGUUUGCGCAAAACGUUGGAACAUUGGGUAACUGCGGCGGUGGCGCGUCGAGACCCUGUUCGGUACGUUGAGGUGCGGAAUUUGGACGAGAAGACGGUUCGUCUAAUUACCAGAGACGCGAAUAACACGUUUUUGCAUCCCGAUCACCGCAAAAAAUUUGUUGCCUUCCUUGCAGCCAUGUAUAAUGAGUUUGAGGUAUAUGGACCGACCAUGAGUUUCCUCGCUGGGGUCUGUAUGUUAGUUCUCAGUGAAGAGGAGACUGCCACAGUGCUUCGUUUGGUUUUGAAUGUAAGAAUUCCUCCCCAUUGGCCAAUGGAAGUUGCCUGUUUUACAACCGCUUCUGCACUUGUAGAGAGUUUCCUGCAGGCACCCUCUUCCUCGGAAAAAAAGCAGUUUGACUUGGGAGAGCAUGCCAACCUGUAUUCUCGCAUGCAGACGAUUAUAAAAGUUCUUUGUGAGACGAUGGUAAACGUGAAGGAGCUAUUUUGUUUUUUUGAACUAGUUAUUAACGGGAACCGGGUUCUUUCUUUCUCUGAGAAUCAAGUAAAGUAG